GGCGGCGGCCCGGAGCCUCCGAGGCCAUGGGGAAGAUCGGGCUGCAGCUGCGCGCCACGCUGGAGAACAUCACCCGCCUGCGGGCCGAGGGCGAGGAUUUCCGCUGGUACCUCAAGCUGAAAUGUGGGAACUGUGGUGAAGUUUCUGAAAAAUGGCAAUAUCUGCGAUUAAUGGAUAGUGCUCCUCUGAAGGGAGGCAGAGGCAGUGCCACCAUGGUGCAGAAAUGCAAGCUGUGCUCCAGAGAGAACUCCAUUGAUAUUUUAAGUCAGAGCAUCAAGCCUUACAAUGCUGAAGACAGUGAGAAAUUCAAAACAAUAGUAGAGUUUGAAUGCCGUGGCCUGGAACCAGUUGACUUUCAACCACAGGCAGGAUUUGCUGCUGAAGGUGCAGAAUCUGGCACACCUUUCAAUGACAUAAACUUGUUAGAAAAGGAUUGGAAUGACUACGAUGAAAAAACAAAGGAAUCUGUUGGAAUCUAUGAAGUUACCCAUAAGUUUGUAAAAUGCUGAAGCUCACAGCUCUUAACAAACCUUGGCAUGCUCCUCUUCAAGGAAGAAGUUGUAACAUUAGAGAAGUCAUUUCCUUGGAGUUAUGUUUCACACAGCUGUACUACAGAAGUGGAAGUUUA